AUGACUUCCACAAUGGACGCAAGGACCAGACGUAGAAUCAUGAACGACCUUCUCGAAACGACCGUCACCUCCGUAGAGACUGCCUUAUCUCUAGUCAACCCUUCCUUAUCCGCACCUCUAUUCUUACUUAGUGCCGCUCAUGAUCGACGUCCCAACGUACCUUUUCUGGCGGAAGUCUAUCAACAAGUAGGUAUGGCAAUCGGUAUCACCUUGACAGAUGACCCCACCGCAUCCAUUCAACGUUCGUCCACUUCCCGACUAAGGCCUUCCGUAGCUCCCACCGGUUCAACAAUCACUGAGGACUCUUCUCAGACUCUCACCAUUACCAACCUUAACCAGGAGAAUGGGACAAUACAGGUUGUUGGGGAGACAAUUGUUACACCAAAUGGGAAAGUUUGGGUCAAGGGAGAAGAUCAUACUUUGCUUUGGGUAAUGUAUGACAAUAAUCAUCUUUCUCCUUCUACGGUGAACAACCAGUAA